AGAGAGGUUCUUACUAAUUGCAAAGGGUGUUGGUCAUGGAAAAGCCGCACGCCCUAGUCGUGCCAUACCCGGCGCAAGGUCAUGUCAUACCCUUCAUGGAGCUCUCUCAUUGCUUGAUGGAUCAUGGGUUCAAGAUCACAUUCGUGAAUACUGAGUUCAAUCACGCCCGCGUAGUGGCCGCACUGCCGAAGAUGGGCAGAGUGCAGGAGCAGAUCCGUCUGGUUUCAAUUCCAGAUGGGAUGGCACCAGGUGAAGACCGGAAUGACUUGGGCAAGCAAUGUGCGAGUAUUUUACGUGUCAUGCCCCAUGGUUUAGAAGCGCUGAUUCGUAAGAUCAAUGAGUCUGAUCAUGAUAAGAUCUCAUGCAUCAUUGCAGACGGGACCAUGGGAUGGGCAGUGGAAGUUGCUGUGAAGAUGGGGAUCCGUGCAGCUGCGGUUUGGACUGUGACAGUGAGCCUUUGUGCCUUACUGUUUCACAUUCCGAAGCUGAUCGAGGACGGAAUCAUCGACACGGACGGAUUUCCAACAACACAGCAAAUGAUCAAACUCUCCCCAACCAUGCCACAGUUCAACACCACUCAGCUAGUGUGGCUCUUCGUCGGUGACCGUGACGCGCAACGGUCCCUCUUCCGAUACUUACACGAAUGCACCCAAGCUGCAAAAUUGGCCAACUGGCUUCUUUGCAACUCAUUCUACGAGAUUGAGCCAUCCGCCUGUGAGUUGGUUCCAAACAUCCGGCUCAUCGGCCCUCUUCUAGCAGGAAGACGGCUUGGGCGGCUCGAAGGGAACUUCUGGCCUGAAGACCCCACUUGCCUAAGCUGGCUUGACGAACAGCCUCCCCGCUCAGUAGUCUACAUUGCCUUUGGCAGCUUUACUAUCUUCAACCGACGUCAAUUCCACGAACUGGCACUUGGACUCGAACUUUCCAACCGUUCAUUCCUAUGGGUAGUGCGGCCAGACCUCACCGACGGACCAUCGGAUGCCUACCCAGAUGGCUUUGAAGCUAGAGUCGCGGGUCGUGGGCGAAUUGUUGGAUGGUCACCUCAACAAAAGGUGCUGGCCCACCCUUCGAUUUCCUGCUUCUUGACUCAUUGCGGGUGGAACUCGACCAUGGAGGGGAUGAGUAAUGGAGUUCCUUUCUUGUGCUGGCCUUACUUUGGUGACCAGCUCCAAAACCAAAUAUACAUUUCUGAUGUUUGGAAGGUUGGGUUGCACCUGAAACACGAUUCCAGUGGGAUCAUACCAAGAGAAGAGAUUAAGGGAAAGCUGGAUGAAUUGCUUGGUGAUGAGGGUAUAAGAGCGAGAUCUUUAGAGCUCAAGCAGACUGCCCGAAAGAAUGUUGCCGAAGGAGGAUCUUCGUUUAAGAAUUUCAACGAUUUCAUUGAAGCAAUCAAGUUAGAGAAGUGAUUAGCAUGAAUCGCGCAAAUAUAACAGAGAUGGGCCAUUCAUUAGGUGGGUGCCACCGUGAACAAGCAGCAAGUAAAAUCAAGCUGAUUAACUCCUCGCUGGGGCUACAAAUGUGUGGGAAGAAUGAAAAAAGAUGAGCAACAGUCUAUAUUGAACGCACAUGUGUGGUUCACCUGAUGUUUGAGCCUUCUUUAUUAUUAUUAUGUUUUUUUAAUCCAUGGCAUAUUUAAAGACUUUCAAUCUGCUGGACUCAAUGUGGAUGGUGAACACGGACCAUUUGUAAUAUUUCAAGAACAAUCCAUCUUUCUCAUGCGCACGUAGGCCACUUGACUAGAUCUUGAUCCGUAUUUCUUGAACAUGCUAUUUUGCCCCAAAGGGUGCAUUAUUAGGUCA